UACAUCAGGGCUCGUGGUGACAUCCAGCACAGAGCAAGGGAAGAAGAGACUUUAUCACCUGAGUGUGUGGACCGUUUCCACGCUGUGUAAAAGCACCUGCGUGGUUUUAUUCUGGCAGUUUGUGGUCAGUUUGGGUGUCAUCUGUCUCACCUGUGUGCAGCAGGUAUCAUUUGGUGUUUUAUCCGGGGAGGAGACAGGUGUUAUCCACAGCAGCACACUGUGGAUGAAGACUCCCUCCUCGGUUUCUUCAUGGCAGAAAGACUCGGUGAUGUGUGCUUAGCAUGGCUGCGGCUCCUGCACCGACCACCCAGGGACCGGUAUGGCUUUUAGCCGCAUCCGCAAACUGGACCCCCCGUCCCGAGGCAUCUUCAGGAAAGCGGCGGUCAUGCUGUGCUCCCUCCUCACCUCUGUCCUGCUCCUGCACUGCCUCACCGACCGCUGCAGCACCUCCUCGCCGGUCAAAGCGACCUCCGGCCGGCUCCUCGAGGACCUGAGGUCGCUGCGGACGAAGCGGCUGGCGUACGAAUGGACCGCCGGCUCGGAGCUGAUGGGCUACGGGGCCGCCAGGCGCUCCUCGCGGGUCCUCGCGGAUGAGCGCGCGGGGCACGUCUUGGAGGAGGCUUUCAUCUUGCCGCCUCCGGAUCUAGUCGCGUCCAGGAAAGUGUCGCCGAGGUUCGCAGGUAAAGUGAGUCCGCUCGGGGAGGGGAGCAAGAAGCUGCCCCAGGCGCUCAUCAUCGGGGUGAAGAAAGGAGGCACCCGGGCUCUGCUGGAGUUUCUCCGGGUGCAUCCGGACAUCAGAGCCGUGGGAGCGGAGCCGCACUUCUUCGACCGCAACUAUGAGAACGGGCUGGAGUGGUACAGGGAGCUGAUGCCCAAAACCCUGGAGGGCCAGAUCACCAUGGAGAAAACCCCCAGCUACUUUGUGACCCGAGAGGCUCCAGCCAGGAUAUCGGCCAUGUCCCGGGACACCAAGCUGAUCGUGGUGGUGAGGGACCCCGUCACCAGGGCUAUCUCGGACUACACGCAGACGCUGUCCAAGAAGCCCGACAUUCCCUCUUUCGAGAGCCUCACCUUCAAAAACAGGACUACGGGACUCAUCGACACCUCGUGGAGCGCCAUCCAGAUCGGCAUCUACGCCAAGCACCUGGACAACUGGCUGCAGUACUUCCCCAUGGAGCAGAUCCUGUUUGUGAGCGGCGAGCGUCUGAUCAGCGACCCGGCCGGAGAGCUGGGCCGCGUGCAGGACUUCCUGGGACUCAAGAGGAUCAUCACGGACAAACACUUUUACUUCAACCAGACCAAGGGUUUCCCGUGCCUCAAGAAGGCGGAGGGCAGCAGCAAGCCCCACUGCCUGGGUAAAACCAAAGGGCGGACCCAUCCGAACAUUGACCCUGAGGUGGUGCAGAGGCUACGGGACUUCUACAGGCCCUUCAACAUGAAGUUCUACCAGAUGACAGGGAGGUUCUUUGGCUGGGAUGACUGAAUGUGUUUUUCUCUGAGGACUGUCAGAAAUACUGCAGUGGAGUAUUAAGACCACUGAUUGGGGGAAAAUGAGAAUGAAGUCGUAAUAUUUCAAGAAUCAUAAUGUCACAAGAAAAGUCUAAAGGAAUAUAUUAAAUAAAUAUAAUAUAUUUGAGACAGGGAUGCACCGAUUGUCAAGUUCUGGGUAGAUACAGAUACCAAUGUUUAAAAUAACAAUUUGGCCAAUAGUGACUUUUUUUUGUUCAUUUUGGGGUUCUUUUGUUGUGUAUUCUCCUUUUUAUGCCAGAAAAGAAGAAAUCUUAAUUAAAAAAUAUAUAGAUAUUAUUAUUAUUAUUAUUAUUAUUAUUAUUCCCUCUCUAAUAUCUAUUUCUUAACAAAUUUCUCCUCCAAACAACUGUAUUUUUUCAAUUUUCAUUCCAAAAGCUAAAUUUUACAAAAUUACAUUUGAACACAUCAUGAUAACGUUAUAAUGCACUAACACUUAGCUAACAGCUACCGUUAGCUAAUUGUGUAACAUAAGGGCACGGUCAGAAAGUGAAUCUAUGCGAGUAACUGUUGCCUGCUGGAGCGAUAUUCGGGCUGAAUUCAGGCAGUCUAACGUGACAGACAUGGAAAGCUAGCUUGCUAGCUAACAUUAGCUAGUUUGCUAAUAAAUGCCGCUAAACAUUAAUGUACCUCUUUGAAUUCAAAUCUCUCAUGAUGGUCAUACAGCAGCAGCUGGUUAGACCAACAUAUUCUCACUCCUAUCUCGUCACAUAUAGGUGUUUGGUCAUGGACUUUCCACGUUCACAUACAACGUGUAAGGUACCCUGGGUGCGUUGGUUGUUGAUAUUCUGGGACACCGUGUCAAGUUCUCAUCUUUUAAAAUACACUUCCGUUUUCACAGGAAAUUUAACAUUUAAAUACAGUCUCUUUCAAAAUAAAUGUCCUACGUCUGUUCAACACCGCAAAUUGACGUUUGUUUUUUUUCCCCCUUUAACAAAAAACACGUGGUUUUUGUUGAGGAAAAAAGAAAAGGGUUUGGCUUUAUAAUUUUACGAGACAUGAACACUGCUCUCUUGGGUGAAAGUUGGUGUUUGUUGGACCCAUCCACCACCCCUCUCCCCCACUAAACUUGGACUUUCUCUGCCUGUUAAUUUUGCUCAUGCGUGACCGUACUCUAAAUGUGAAAUCGGGUACGUCGUCUGAUUCGUCAAUAGUGAGUUUAUUGUAUCCUUUCGUCUUGAAGGUAUCCUGUGGAAGAUCUCUGUUUGUCCUAAACACGUUUUCUAUUGUCUCCAGGACAACAAAACACCGUUAGUCUGGAGCCAUGCUUUUUAUCUGCAGGAAAUUUAUGUGACAUUUGCUAAUAGGUCGAUGGCAGUCAACAAGGCGAAUAUCGUCCGAUCCCUAUGUUCAGUCGAUAAAUCGGUGCAUCCCUAAUUUAAGGAAUAUAACAUCUUAAAUGUUAAAGUAAAAGUGUUGGAUUUAUCAAAAAAUAUCAAAACUUAAAUCUUUUCUCGUAAUAUUGUGAUUUUAUUCUUGAAAUAUUACAACUUUUUUUCUUAAAAUAUUUUGACUUUAUUCUGUGAAUCUUGUAUUUCCCCUGACAGUGUUCCUGUUACUCCGUCCUCAGCACUAACCUAAGCAAUACGUGGCUGUUCCAGCAGAGAAAGAAGAAGCCCAGUUUCCCUCAGUGGCUCCCCAGAUAUGCAAUAUUUCACUGUUACAUUUUUCAUCAUCAGAGCUGCCUCUAAUCCACAAUCAUGGAGAUAUUGUCCUCUAAAAACACAUUAAGUUGUAGAAGGAUUUGCGCCGUAUCUCCCUGCACUAUCUGAAGUUUUUUUCUUCCUUUGAGUUUGAAGUCGUCGGCUGUGACACAGAAAUAUUGUAUGCAGUGCUUCUUUAAGAAGAUGGGUGAAAUCACAUCGUGUCCGGGAGCUUUUGAUAAAAGCUGAGUGAUUUAAUGCCAUAUUUUAAAACAUACAUAGCUGCUUUCAAAAUUUAACAUUUUUCUAGCAAAAGGAUAUGAAAAGAUAAAAAAUAUAUGUAUUUUUGAAAUGUAUUUAUUCAAGAAGUACACGAGCAGUAUGUAUGUAUUUUGAAUAACUCCUCAGUGAUUAUUUGCUCUCAUUAUUAUUAUUAUUAUAAUUAUUAUUAUUAUGCGCCCCAUGCCUUUAGAGUUUGUUUUAUACUAAAAUACAUGUUAUCCUCAUUUUAAUUUCAGGUCAUCUGCUCUAAUAUUUACUACACAGUGUGGGAACGCUUGUCUCCACGUAGCUUUCAGUGCCAGAGCUGUGAGUUUGUUAUUUCGGCGGUGGUUUCUCCGCCUUCAGUUAAUGAAGUUACAGGCAAAGAUAGCUCUCACUGUUAUUCAAGCAACAGCGACUCUGGUGGAGGAGAAAGACCUCCUGCCCAAACUGUGACUCAAAUUUCCUCAACAUGCCUCCUUGUGAAUUGAAUACACUUGAUGUCACUGGCCUUCCUUGCCUCGAGGCGAUCAGUGUGUGUGUGCGUGUGUGUGUGUGUGUGUGGAAGUCUUUUUUAAACCCAGGGAGCAUGAGAACAAUGGCUGAGUUGUGUUCCUAAUUUCAGUCUACUUGUAUUGUGAGCCACUUUCUGAAAGCAGAUGUGCCUCAAAAGACACAAAAUGUUUUUUGGUGUGAGCAUCAGAAACGAACCUAAUAUAGAUUUUCGGGGGGGGGGCAGGAUUAUAUUACCGUUCUAAUUGUGCUGUUCUGACUGUUUUCUUAAAGUUGUUGGGAUUUUUAAGGCACUCCUUGAAUAAAAGAUGUUCUAUGUAAAUAUUUGA